AUGGGCCAACAGCAAGCUAUCAGUGUAAAACCCGAAGAACUAGAUGAGUCUGCGGUUCUAGUGGGGACUGAGGGACACUUUAAGAAGAUCAAGAGGAUCAGAGUUAGAAUUAAUAACAGAGAAAUUGUGGUAUUUAAUCAUGAUGGGAAAUACCAUGCCUUGGACCUUCGCUGUUACCAUUCCGGGGGACCAUUGGAUCUUGGUGACAUUGAGGACAUCAGUGGACAGACUUGCAUUGUUUGUCCAUGGCACAAGUAUAAAAUUGCAUUGGCCACUGGAGAAGGACUAUAUCAAGGAAUCGACCCUCAGUCUCCCAAUAAAGCCAAAAAGUGGUACUCCAAGGGGGUGAAGCAAAGGAUUCACAAAGUCACUGUCCAAAAUGGAGGGAUCUAUGUAACUUUGUCAGACACAGAUGUUUGCUAUGAUUCUGAUUUCUAUGCAUCAAAGAAAUUUGACAGUAAAGAUACCUUACUGGAAAACAAUGGUUGUACAUCUAACACAUGACAACACAUAAUAUAUGUUCUAUUAUUUGUUUAUUUUAUGUGAAUAAAUACUUAUUUAAUUUAAUUAUAAAA